GAAGUAUCGAAACCAAAAUUCGCAAUCAAUAAGAGCAAGGACUAAACAUGGCGAAGAGGGACAGCUUCGACGAUGUGCUGGGGAACAAGUUCAGUCUCGUGAACGCGAAGAGCUCGAAAUUAUUGACUUCGUGGAUGGGCGAUGCGCCAACAGCCCCAUCUGCAAGUCACGUUGCAGAAGACGGCAAAGACGAAGACGCAGACCUGAAGCAGUCAGACUAUGGCCAUGACAGACUCGGCGUAGGCCACGCCGUACCCAAAGACAUAGCAGACGGCAGCUUCACACGCCGCGCACCAACAUCAAACGACAAACUUCUCGAACAACUAAUCGGCAAGAAGCGCGCAAAAGCCCAUCUAGCUGCGAAACAGGAAGCCGAACGAGCCAGCGCACGCCAACAGCCAGCAUGGCAGAACCAGCAAAAGCCCAUUGUCCAGGGCGCAGAAGAAAGCGAAGACGAGGAGGAGAGCAGAGCCGCAACCAUUGCAUCGCGAGGGAAGCGGAACGACAAGGCCAAGCCCCAGCCGAAGUCGAAGAGCGUCGAGUCCAAGAAAAAGAACGAAGGCACUGGGCCCGUGGAGGCAGACGACGAGUCCAAUGAUGCUGCCAGGUCCAAGGAGCAACCAAAGGACGACUCAGACGACGACAUCGAUCUCAAGCCUAAAAAGCGUGUCAAGAAGAGCAGAGCCAAGCCGACGAGCUAUCUCGACGAACUGCUCGCCGAGCGAAGCAAGAAGAAAAAGGGUAAAGGCAAGGAUGCCAAGGAUAUCUAAGAGCCAGUUCCGUUACAAAAAGGCAGGAGUUACGGGUGCACAACGAUACCCCGGGGUUCGCAUGUAUGAAAGUCUUGAUAUUCGCUUGGUGCAUCUUUCUCUUGCUUUCUUUUUUCUUUCCCUUUGAUCCCUCUACUCUCUGACAAACAGACUAGCCAUGCCCAUCCCCGUCCCAAUACACUUACUCAUAACACCGACCUGCUGCCCGUUGCGCCCCAUCUCGCUCAACAUGGUAGCCAACAUCCGUCCGCUCGUCGCCCCAAGCGGAUGUCCCAGCGCAAUCGCGCCUCCAUUCGGAUUAAUUUUAUCCAUAUUCCCCUCCAAGCCCAGCGUGCGAAUGCAAUGCAGCGCCUGACUCGCAAACGCCUCGUUGAUCUCCCACACAUCUACCUCGCUCUUCUCCACACCAGUGUACUCGAGAAGCGCGGGAAUCGCCAACGCAGGCCCGACACCCAUCUCGUCCGGCGCGCAGCCAACGACCUGCGUCCCC